AUGAAUUUAAUGAGAAAUUACAAAAGAAUAGGAUCCAAUGAGGAUUCUUGGAAUUUACGUGAAAGAGAAAAGAAUGAAGUUGGAAAGAAGAAUCGAAUGAAUCCGAAAUCCGAAGAAUAUCCGGUACAAGAAGGGAGACGUAGACGAUCGAGAAGUAAAAGAGGUCGUAGUCGUAAAAGAUCACGAAGCCGAUCACGAAAUAAACGACGUAGAUCUGGCAGAAGACGUAGCCGAAGUCGUAGAAGUUCAAAUAAUUCAGAGAAAAUAGGAGAAGAUGAUGACGAUUACGAACAAGAGGAAAAUACUACAAAGAGAAAUUCUCGUAACGAGCAUACAACGGAUAACAAUGAUUCAAGAAAUUCACGCUCGAAAUCUCCAGACGUUGACAAAACAAACAUUGAAAAAUCACCCGACGACAUCUCUGACGUUUCCCUCGAUGAUGAUGAUGAUUCCGAUGACGAAGAAGAUAAGAACAAAACUAACGCCUCGUAA